AUUCUGCGAGGACUUGCGAUGACUGACGUACCUGUUUCUGCACUACACAGUUUCUUCUCCCCUCUUUACUCUGUUCUGUCUCAUUCGUGAAGAGGAACGCAAUAAUUCCCCCACUUUCCCCAAGAAAGAGAGUGAGUUUGGCUGGCUAAUUGCGUGGGAGCGAGAAACCUCUGCCGCACUUCGUCUUCAAAUUAUGACGAGCUAUUACAGAGGCCAGGAGGCUUCCGCUGGCAUGCCCGGUGGCUACAGGAAAGAAAGGGGCGGCCGCAAGCGUCUGACGGCGCAGAAGAGGAAAGAAAUCAAAGAAGCCUUUGAUCUCUUCGACACCGAUGGCUCCGGCACCAUUGAUCCCAGGGAGCUCAACGUUGCGAUGAGAGCUUUGGGGUUCGAGAUGACACCUGAGCAAAUCAACCAGAUGAUCGCGGAGGUGGACAAGGACGGCAGCGGGACGAUCGACCUAGACGAGUUCGUGCACAUGAUGACGGACAAGAUGGGCGAGAGGGACGCCCGGGACGAGCUGCACAAGGCCUUCCGGAUCAUCGACCAGGACGGAAACGGGAAGAUUUCAGACGUGGAUAUCCAGCGGCUCGCCAUCGAGGCCGGCGAGCACUUCACGCUCGAUGAGGUCAGGGAGAUGAUCCAAGCCGCGGACGAAAACGGUGACGGUGAGAUCGACAUGGAGGAGUUCAUGAAGAUGAUGAAGCGGACGAACUUCGGGACCGGGUUUUAGCACACAUCACGCGUCCUGGGAUGGCAAGCACCGAACCGACAAAUGGUCAUCAGAGUUCGCGGAUUGAACCUGUCCGCGAUUGUGCCGCAACGCGCGCUGCAAACGCUACUUAUAUCAUAUUUGUACAUGCAUUUCGUAGUGUGGCAUAUAUGAACAAAAUAUUUAAUAAUUUGAUGCAAUAAUGCAUUCUUAUGCUCUA